AUGGAGGAUUGGCAAAGGGUGAAGAGGCGUUCUAAUUCGGAUUUCGUACAACAGAUCAAUCAUUCAUCUGAUUUCCUUGCUUUAGUUCUUGAUGAUUCUUGUUUGCUUGAUAAGGAUUUGUCUCUUACUCUAGUGGGCAAGGUGUUUUUCAUUGGUGCCAGAGAAGUAAUCGGUUGGAAUCCAAAGUAUAUUGAAGUUGAAGUUGAAGAUGAAUCUGAUUCUGAUGAGGAGGAUCCUAUAAUUCAUACUGAUCAUAUGAAUAGUGAUGAUGACCAGGUUCAGGUUGAUAAUAUUAUUGAUAAAAGUAGUAUAGGGUCAUGUAAUAACAAGAAACUAAACGAUUCAAAAGUAGUUUCUGAGGAUCCUUUUCAACUUUAUAAUUUUCUUCCUCUAGAGAAACAAGUCGAGGAAUCUGUUGAAAAAACUUACACUCCGGGUUUAUUCCUCCAAUGA